AUGGCUGCCAUAGCAAUCCGCACCGACGCCGACUUCGUGUCCGGCGACUUCUCUCGGCGCCUCCACAGCAUGGGCAUAGUCCAGCCCAACCCGACCUUUUCUCCCUCGUCUCAGGCUGCCUCGCCGCCGUCACCGUCCGCCGCAACAGCGCCCUUGUUCCCCGCGGCCUCCAACAAUGCCACGCUCUCCGUCCUUGAAGCCAGGCGGCUUCUCGAGCAGCAGGCCGCCGAGGAUUUGGAGAAGCUGGGCCGGCGCGAUUCCCCAGGCCGGCGAUUCCUCGACAUGCGGACCAUGGUAGACGCCGUGGAGAUGCGGUAUCGCGGUACCCCAAACUCGGUCAUUGAAAGGAGGCUCGGGCUCGAGUGCGGCAUCAUGGACAAGCUGGGCCCGCUCAGCAUACUUUCACACCUGUCGACCAGACAGUGA